GUACUCUGCCUGGGAUAGCACUAAGUUUGAACUUUCCGACUGCCUUUUAAUGCGCCCCGGAUAUCAUCACAAUAAAGUUUAGGAGUGUGAACAAAUAAACUAAAGCCGGUUCUGUAGAGAGAGGGUGUCCCCUCCUUUGUGGAGACGGACGCAGGAAGAGGGAGAGUCAAUGUGGGUGUGAUCUGGGCCACGGACAGGAGAGAGGUAGGGGUUGAGAGUAACUCAAUCAGGGCUUUAGAAAUAGGCAGGAAACCCUGGGCGGGAGGGAACAAUUAUCUCUGUGCUAAUGUGAGGCAGUAACCUGCUAUAACAAAACAAACACGUUUCAGACCUCUUGUCUUAGGAUAACAGGAGACUGAAAUACAGCCUUGAGCCAGUGGGACAAUACAGCCUGAAGGGCAGGAACGACAGGAGUCUGAUUCAAUCUGAUCUGGAGUGGGAGGAGGGGGCUUAAUUUAGACUCACAAGGAUGAAAAAAACUCUAAAUUAAACUCGAGUCUGGUUUGCAAUAACAUGGGUGGUUGGGGUCUUUCAUAAUUGCCCAAAGGGAGAGGGAUCUGGUCUGGAAGGAUAGGAAUGACCGUGCCACGUUGAGUUCAAGUGAAGGCGAGCAGGGUAACAAGAAUUCGAUAAACCUUUACUAAAACAUGUCACUGCCAGGGAAAAAAGACCAACGUAAUCUGGACUAGGAAAGUGGGAGAAAGUGACCCGAUCUUAUUUAAGUUGCGGAGAGGGUGGUAUUAAUGCAGAAAGGAUUUGAAUUGAGUCCGGACUUGUGUGCUAAGAGAUUAAUGUUGAAUAUCCCUUUAACACCACUGAAGAUUGUUUAGAAAAUGGAUAAUUUGCCAAUAAGUAAUUCGCGAUACAAGGAUCGGAAUUACUGGGAUGAACGCUAUCACCACGAGGAGACCUAUGAGUGGUUUGGUGCGUUUUCACGUUUUGAGCAUUUGCUGAAGGAGGAGAUUCAGACUGAUGAAACCAUCCUGGUCUUGGGAUGUGGAAAUAGCUCAUUGAGUUAUGAACUGUUCAUGAGCGGUUAUAGAUCAAUCACAAAUAUUGAUUUCUCAGCAAUAUGUAUUGAAAAAAUGGCUUCCAAAUAUGCCACCUGCUCAGGCAUGGAAUGGAAGGUUAUGGAUGCUAGGGCACUUCAGUUUGAAGAUGAAAGCUUCGAUGUCGUAUUGGAGAAAGGUACCCUUGAUGCAAUGAUGGUGGAUGUAAAGGAUCCUUGGAAUGUAUCACAGGAAACCACAGAAACUAUAGACCAAGUUUUGAAAGAGGUCAGUCGCAUUCUGCGGAAAGGAGGACGCUUUAUCUCCAUUACAUUUGCACAGCCUCAUUUUCGGAAGCAGCUUUAUGCCAAAAGGGUUUACAACUGGUCCAUCAAACACCAAACCUAUGGAAAUGACUUCCAUUAUUAUUUCUACACCAUGACCAAAGGAGAAAACUUGUCUUCAGAUGAUCAGGAACUAGAAAAUAAAUGUUCACAGAGAACAGAGCCCCAGGCUACCGUUUACCUCCAAGUCACAGAGAAUGAAGACUACCUCAAUAACAUUGAAUAUUAGUUUUCAAAUUAAUUCCAUGAAAGGGUGUGUACAAACAAAAAUCUAAGCCACUAGAGUUGAUGGGAAAUACCCAUUUGCUGCGAAGGCCACAGGAUUUCUUUUUAACGAACUUAGUUGAGGAAUUCUGAUCUGGCAUAAAGCUGUGGUUCUUAACAUGGAUGGGGAAAUGCAGCUGCCUCAUCAUCUGCCAAAAAUAAUGCCUUUAUAAAAUACAGGUUAGAAUCUGCUUGAGGAGAAAGUGAGGUCUGCAGAUGCUGGAGAUCAGAGCUGAAAAUGUGUU